UUUCUGUUAUUCUUGUCUUCCUUAAGUUCCCUAUCGCUGAAGUUUUCUUUGCUGAUCUCUCUCUCUCUCUCUCUCUCUCUCCUCUUUGUGUACUCAGUGUUCUCAAGUUCUCUUUGAGAAAACUUCAAAACUAGCACAGAUCUGCCUGCAUUCUCCAAAUUUUCAUUUGCAGAAAUGAACUGAUUAGGAAAUGGGGAAGAAUGGGAGCUGGAUUUCUGCAGUGAAGAAGGCUCUCAGUCCCGACUCCAAGGCUAAGAAAGACAAGAAAACCCAUAAAACGAAGAACAAAUGGUUUGGGAAACGCAAGAGCCCCUAUCUGGGCUCUCCACCUAAAGAAACUGUAUUGGCCAUAACUCCAAUAGAGGAUGUGAAAUUAACAGAAGCCGAAAAUGAGCAAAACAAACAUGCUUAUUCUGUUGCCAUUGCCACUGCCGCGGCUGCUGAGGCAGCUGUUGCAGCCGCUCAGGCUGCUGCUGAGAUUGUUCGGCUCACAGCCAAAGCCCGUUACUCUGGCAAAUCGAAGGAGGAAGUUGCUGCAAUCAAGAUUCAAACAGCGUUCCGAGGAUAUUUGGCAAGGAGAGCAUUGCGGGCCUUGAGAGGGCUUGUGAGGUUGAAGUCUCUUAUACAAGGUCACUCUGUCAAACGACAAGCCACGACCACAUUACGAUGCAUGCAGACUCUGGCUCGCGUGCAGUCUCAGGUUCGUGCAAGGCGGAUCAGAAUGUCAGAGGAGAACCAGGCUCUCCAAAGACAGCUCCAGCAGAAACACGAGAAAGAGCUUGCGAAAUAUAGAGCUUCUGUGGGAGAAGAUUGGAAUGAUAGCGCGCAGUCUAAGGAGCAGAUUGAAGCAAACCUACUGAACAAGCAGGAGGCUGCUAUGAGAAGGGAACGGGCAUUGGCUUAUGCAUACUCUCGCCAGCAAGCGUGGAAAAACUCUUCGAAAUCUGGGAAACAGACAUUCAUGGAUCCAAACAAUCCCCACUGGGGAUGGAGUUGGUUAGAGCGAUGGAUGGCAGCCCGGCCAUGGGAAAACAAAGGCAUGCAUGACAGAGAACCGAACAGUGAUCAUGCCUCUGUCAAAAGCACAAGAAGCCGUGCCAUUUCUGUUGGAGAACUGAGCAAGGCUCAUUCAUGCCGUGAGCUCAAAACCUCCUCUCCAAAAGCACGAAAACCUAACCGCCAAUCACCCUCAACGCCCACUUCCAAGGCACCAUCGGUUACUACAAAAACAAGGCUAGCAAGCCCAAAGGGCAGUGGUGUUGGUGGAGACGAUGAGUCGAGAAGCAUUGGCAUGCUUAGUUUCAAAUCAGAGAGGUACUGGAGACAUAGCGUUGGAGGGUCAUCGAUGAGAGACGAUGAGAGCCUAGCGAGCUCACCUGCAGUCCCGAGCUAUAUGGGACCCACAGAGUCAGUGAAAGCCAGGUCUCGGCUGGUGAGUCCAUUGGGGAAUGGAACACUGGAGAAGGGAUGGGCUGGUUCUGCCAAAAAGCGGCUUUCGUUCCCAUCUUCCCCUGCUGGAACAAGGAGGCAUUCGGUUCCCGCCAAGCUGGAUACCGGGUUGGAAAAGAAAAUAAGCAAUGGAGGAGGGAGGUAGUUGAAGGCAACAUGAAUAGAAACAUGGUGAGUUUAGAUUGAAGUGCAAAUGAAGAAAAGUGAAUUUAAGGAGGCUGUGAGUUUGAUCUUCUUCAACAAAUGCUCUUGUUUGAGGUGCAAAUUUAGGAGAGUGAAUAAAAGGUUGGUUGUGGUUAUGAUCUUUGGUUUUUUUGCUUUGCUAUCUUUCUUCUUCUUCUUCUUCUUCUUCUUCUUCUUCUCACCCACUACUUGUAUUGUUGUUACAGAUGUUAAUUGUUAUACAGUAGGGAUUAGUUUUAGUUAUGAAAGUAUUUUAUGGAAAAAUUUAAAUGUUUGAUUGUGAUCUUCUUGUGGAGAUUGCUUGUUUGAUUGUGGUCUUUUUGUGGGGAUUCCUUCUUUUUCUUCUUUGAA